AUGAUCAAUAAUACCUCCACGACCAAGCAGUCCGUUCUGUACAAGACAGAAUACUGUCGCAACUGGACUGAGCUCGGUCAAUGCCGCUACGGCAAAAAGUGUCGCUACGCCCACGGCGAUGGCGAACUUCGUACCGUUCCUCGCCACAGCCGCUACAAAACCCAAAUCUGCCGUGCCUACCAUGUCGACGGCGCGUGUCCUUACGGUGUUCGAUGCACAUUCAUCCAC